AUGCAGAUCUGGCGGAAACGCUUUGACUGUCUCUUGAACAACCGUUCAGAGAUUGACUGGCCUACAUUGAACGGCCUCAAGCAGCACGAUGUGAAGGCGGAUCUGGCGGAUACGCCGACACUGGAUGAGACGCAGAGAGCACUUGCUCAGUUGCGAAACGGCAAAUGUGCCAGAGCCGACGGGAUCCCGCCUGAAGUAUUGAAACACGGCGGACCCGCGUGGUUGACUGCGCUGCACCACUUGGUGCAACGCGUAUGGAUUAAUGUGGAGGAGGUGCCUCCUGAGCUGAAGGAUGCCCUUGUGCUACCACUGUACAAGGGCAAAGGUAGCAAACAAUUUUGCACGCAUUAUCGUGGCAUCAACUUGCUGAGUUGUAUGGGCAAGGUGAUUGCCCGAAUCCUGCUCGACCGCCUCGUCAGUCAGGUUGUGGGACCUGACGUGGCGGAGGAGCAGUGUGGAUUCUGUUCGGGUCGCAGCACUAUAGAUAUGGUGUUUUCGGCUCGUCAGUUGCAGGAGACGUGCGGAUAA